CUGCCUCAACCUUUAAUGGCUUCUUCUCUCGGUCUCCCAACCCACACUGUGGCUUCUCACACUUCCAAGAUCCACUCUCCUCUUCCUAAAUGCCUCCGAAUUCUAUACAAAUCAUCACACUCACACUUUUAUGGCUUUAAGUUCUCCCACUCUUCUUCUCCUUCCAUCCCUUGUUUUUCCUCCUUUAAAACUCCCAUUUCUGCUCAGGUGAAUAAAGGUUCAGUGCCUCCAUCAUUCAUGUUGAAAGAUCAAGAUGGGAAAAGUGUGAGCCUUUCCAAGUUUAAAGGGAAGCCUGUGGUUGUCUAUUUCUACCCUGCUGAUGAAUCCCCUAGCUGCACCAAGCAGGCGUGUGCUUUCAGGGAUUCUUAUGAGAAAUUUAAGAAAGCAGGAGCUGAAGUUAUUGGAGUAAGUGUUGAUAGCUCAGCAUCACACAAGGCAUUUGCCCAGAAAUAUAGACUUCCAUUUACAUUGCUGAGUGAUGAGGGCAACAAGGUGAGGAAAGAGUGGGGAGUACCGGCCGAUAUAUUUGGAUUGUUGCCUGGAAGACUAGGGGUGUUCAAAUAA